GAGCCCGCGCCGCUGCUUCCCCUGCUCGCCACUGCGCAGGCGCGGCCCGCGAGCGUGGGUCGUGUAGAGGCAGCGGGCUGCCGGCACUCCGGAGCGAGGUGGUGUUGCGGCCUGUGUUCGGCCAGCUCCAGCCGCGCACAACCUGCCUGAGGCAGUGAGCCUAGUCUCCCCGCGCCCUGGGCAGUGUGGUCAUGGAGAAUCAGGUGCUGACGCCGCACGUCUACUGGGCUCAGCGGCACCGCGAGCUGUAUCUGCGCGUGGAGCUGAGUGACGUGCAGAAUCCUGCCAUCAGCAUCACUGAAAAUGUGCUGCAUUUCAAAGCUCAGGGGCAUGGUGCCAAAGGAGACAAUGUUUAUGAAUUUCACCUGGAGUUCUUAGACCUUGUGAAGCCAGAGCUGGUUUACAAACUGACCCAGAGGCAGGUGAACAUCACGGUACAGAAGAAGGUGAGCCAGUGGUGGGAGAGACUCACCAAGCAGGAGAAGCGCCCACUGUUUUUGGCCCCUGACUUUGAUCGUUGGCUGGACGAGUCUGAUGCUGAAAUGGAGCUCAGAGCCAAGGAAGAAGAACGCCUAAAUAAACUCAGAAUUGAAAGCCAAGGCUCCCCUGAAACUCUUGCAAGCUUGAAGAAAGGAUACCUGUUCAUGUAUAAUCUAGUGCAGUUCUUGGGAUUCUCCUGGAUAUUUGUCAACAUGACUGUGCGGUUCCUUAUCUUGGGAAAAGAGUCCUUCUAUGACACGUUCCACACCGUGGCUGACAUGAUGUAUUUCUGCCAGAUGCUGGCAGUUGUGGAAGCUAUCAAUGCAGCAAUUGGAGUCACUAAGUCAUCAGUGAUACCUUCUCUUUUCCAGCUUCUUGGAAGAAACUUCAUUUUGUUUAUCGUCUUUGGCACCAUGGAAGAAAUGCAAAACAAAGCUGUGGUUUUCUUUGUGUUUUAUAUAUGGAGCACAGCUGAAAUUUUGAGGUACCCCUUCUACAUGCUUUCCUGCAUUGACAUGGAUUGGAAGGUGCUCACAUGGCUUCGUUACACUAUGUGGAUUCCCCUAUAUCCUCUGGGAUGUUUGGCAGAAGCCGUCUCAGUGAUCCAGUCCAUUCCAAUAUUUAAUGAAACAGGAAGAUUCAGCUUCACAUUGCCAUAUCCAGUGAAAAUCAAAGUUAGAUUUUCCUUUUUUCUUCAGAUUUAUCUUAUAAUAUUAUUUUUAGGAUUAUACAUAAAUUUCCGUCAUCUUUAUAAACAGCGCAGGCGGCGCUUUGGACAAAAAAAGAAAAAGAUCCACUAAAAAGAGAGAUUUAGAUGACUUCUUGCCAGUUUGAGCCUAAUCUAUAAUUCUUACAGUUUUACCUUCUUGUACUGAUGUAAAAGUUUUUUUAAAGUUAAAUGAUUAAAUUCUCAGUGAGGCUAUCUUCCUUUUUCCCCAGUAACAUUCCUGAAUUUACUGUAUUAUCUUAGUGUAGUACUUGCAUGACAUGGAUUCCUGAUACCUGAUGACAGGUUCAUUCCUGUGUAUUCCAUUAAUGACAGCAAAAGACUCAGCCCUACCCCCACCCACUCCAUGUCCAGUCAGUCUGUUUCACACAGGCCAGAGAUACUUCUUCAGUGCCCUGAUGCUACCAGCUACUGGCCAUUCUUAUAGCUGGGAUUUGUUCUUUUCAGCUAUUGCUUGUGAAAAAAAAAAAAAAGCAAGACUAUGUUGCUGUAUAGGAGGCUGUGAAAGUGACUCAGACAAGGACCUAAUAUAUUCUGUACCCAAGGGGCUACUUGUUAAGUGGGUUGGCAUUGAUUUUCUGGAAAUCGAGUUUUACUCAGUCAUUGAUAAAACAUUUCUGAGUCUGAGUAGGCCUGGAGGACACAUAUUACCUCUGAAUCUUUUGGUCUCUCUAACAACAUCUUAACCUGCGUGGGCACUGGAGAGGCACAGGGUGAUUUGAGAGAAACCAGUCAGAACCUUGGAACACCAUGAUCACUUACUUCAUUCCUAGCUAAAUCAGAACUAUUUUCAACACGAAAGAAAGAUGAAACAUUAGUUAGAAAACAAUGAGAUUAUAAGAGUUCCAAACGCAAAUGGUGCUACAGGGAUCAGAAGGGUCAAACUGGCCAUGCAGCCUGUGGCAAACUGGAAACAUCAGAGUAGGCCAAGUAAAAAUACCUACGAAACUGUCUUAGGCUGUGCACAGACCUGAAAAACUCAGUGUUCCUUCCCCUGCAUUGACUUAGUCCAUUUACUUGUGUCAGAGUGAGUUGGUGGAACUGUUUGAAUAGGCCUCAAAAACACCUGCUUUUUAUUUUGCUGUUGUUUCACCUGUCUGCAGUAGGACAGUGAAAACAGAGUGAGAACUUUGGCUGGAGAACCACCAGCUGAGCCUUUAACAAUUCCUGGCAGGAAAUCCACCAGCAGAGGAACUGAAAAAAAUCUAGACACUAUGAUUUGGCCAUUGUCGAAAACAUCAGUUUUCCCUAAUACAUUCCAAGUAAACCAAGUAAUGUUUGUAUAUAAGAAUUUAAGGUAUGAUGGCUCUUUCUGUUCUGCCAUUCCCAUUGUUCUUGGGGGAAAGGGGACUCAGUGGGUUAUGCUGUUUCUCUGAGCCCAAGAUGGAAACUUGGUUUGACCUAAGUAAAAACAUCUGAUUAGCAUAGGCUGGUUGAUAUUUUUACAAGUUCAUUGCACCGAAGGAUAUUUUGCAUGUCUGCAACUUCUGUCAACAUUUGUUUGUAUUAAUUUCUGGUGUUCUUUCAACUGACUUUCUAUGUGUAAUUGGGCAGAUCAGCUUUACAGCAGAUUAUGCUGUAUCUUUGUGGCAGAAUCUUGUAUUCUUAGUGAUUGAUUGUUAUAAACCCCUUUAUUGCUGUCUGAGAAAGCUAAAGAUUGUGUAUUUCUAUUAAACAUUUACAAUUAAAAUCUUA